AUGGGUAAUGAUAAUACAAAAUGGAAGAAUGCCAAGUUUAAAGAAAGAGAUGAUCAGUUGCUUGAUCAUGUGCUCUCUUGGUCUCUGGAAGACAUCUCCAAUGAGGGUCUCUUCAAAAACAAGCCUGUGGAAAUGGAGUUUAGGCUGGUUUCUUUGCUAAAUUUUUCAGACUCUAUGGUAGUGUUUGAUGUAAUCAUGGAGUCAUACAAAAUGAACUACUCGGACGUCAAGGGAGACCACUUUGGGUCUUACAUGAGGGGCACUGGGAGGGUCUACACUCCAUUUAUUGGCCUCUUAAUCUUAAUCUCAUGUAACGAACUUACAGUUUCGGUGGAAAGGAUCCCAGAAUCAUUCCAGUCUGUACAGGAGUAUCUGGAGUCAUUUGUCUUUCCUUUAUUGGAGGAAAUACGAGCAGAGUUAUGUUCAGCAUUGGAGGCUGCAUCCAGUUCUCCUUGUGCACAAGUCCUCUCUAUGAAGGAAACACCAGAUGCCGCAUUAUUCUAUGAUGUCAAAGUUGGUUCUUGGAGAAACAGACAGAGUCACCCUGGCAAGGAGCCUUACAGAUCUCUUCCGGGUGAUAUGUUAUUGUUUACAGAAGCUAAGCCUGAAUCUGCUUCAGACUUGCAAAGGUCAGGAAGGGCAUGGGCUUUAGCAUCAAUCACCAAGAUAUCUGGGGAUGACAAAGCUGAUGACAUUACAGCUGCUAAUUUCAAAGUUAAAGUACCCAAUGGCCUGGGCAUAAAAGAUUGGACAUGCAAAUUCUCUAGUGUGAUUUUCUUGAUGAAUAUCACAAGUAACAAGAGGAUAUGGAAUGCAUUGCACAUGUCUGGAAAUAUGGAAGUUAUCCAGAAACUUUUGUGUUAUAAGGCUAUGGUAAGAAAUCUGGAGAGCUUCAUUGCUGAAGAACCUUGUAAUCUUUGUCCCAUGGAGAAGAAUCAGAUCUCCGAAGAAAAUUUAUGUUUGUCAUCUGAGCUGAAUGUCUCCCAGUACAAGGCAAUUGUCAGUUCUAUAUGUAAAAUACAAUGUAACCACACUUCUGCUGUGGAACUUAUCUGGGGGCCACCUGGGACAGGGAAAACUAGAACACUUAGUAUGUUGUUGUGGACCCUCAUGCAAUUGAAAUGUAGGACCCUCACCUGUGCCCCAACAAAUACUGGAAUUCAAGCAGUGGCCUCUCAUACACUGAAAGUAAUGAGAGAGUCAGUUGAAGAAGGUAGUGGAAGGGAAGCUUUGGUUUUCUCUGCGGCAGAUAUCCUCCUGUUUGGUAACAAAGAGAAAUUAAAAGUUACUCCUGAUGUUGAAGAAGUUUUUUUGGAUUAUCGUGCUGAAAAGCUUGCUGAGUGCUUUGGUCCAGUAACUGGUUGGAAGCCUUGCCUCACUUCACUGAUAGAAUUUCUUGAAAGUUGUGUUUCACAGUAUGAAGUCUUAUGCGAUAACCAAUCAGUCAAUGGUAGACGAAGCAAUGUAAUUGAUGAUUGGAUUGUGGAGAGUGUUUCAUUUCUUCAGUUUCUGAGAGAGAAGUUUCGAUCUUCCGCUUUGGCACUCAAAACAUGUUUAUCUUCUAUCUGCACUCACGUGCCCAUAACUUUUAUUCAAAAACGUAAUUUCGAUAGCAUGGUAGUACUUGUCAACUUCCUUGAUUCAUUUGAGACUUUGCUGUACCAGGAUGAAGCAGAUUCUGAAAGGCUCAAGGAGCUUUUUUCUAAACCUGAAUCUGUCUCCGACUCUUCUGUAGAAGAAUUUAGAGUCUUGUUUCAGAGAAGGAAAUGCAUUUCUGCUUUAAGAAAGCUACAGAGCUCACUUGAAAAACUUAAGCUUCCAAGUUCUAUGAACAAAGAAGCAGCUGUGAACUUCUGUUUUCGAAUGGCUUCCUUAAUUUUGUGCACAGCAUCAAGUUCAUACAAACUGCAUUCAGUUGCACUAGGGCCACUGCACAUGCUGGUUAUCGAUGAAGCUGCACAGAUGAAAGAGUGUGAAACACUAAUGCCUGUACAACUCCCUAGCAUAAAGCAUAUUGUCCUCUUUGGUGAUGAAUGCCAGUUACCAGCUAUGGUCCAUAGUCAUGUUAACCAUGAGGCAGGAUUUGGAAGAAGUAUGUUUGAGAGGUUGAUUCUUUUGGGUCAUCCAAAGCAACUUUUGGAUAUCCAAUACCGUAUGCAUCCGUUAAUAAGUUGCUUCCCAAAUAGUAAAUUUUACCAAAAUAAGGUCAUGGAUGCACCAAAAGUGAAGGGUGAAGAUUAUACAAAAUGCUACCUUCCAGGUCCGAUGUUUGGACCAUAUUCUUUCAUAAACAUAUCUUAUGGAAGAGAAUUGCUUGAUGACCGCAGUCGGAAAAACUUGGUUGAGGUUGCAGUUGUACUGAAACUAGUGCAGAUGCUUUUCAAUGCAUGCGCUGCAUCAAAGCAAAUGAUUAGCAUUGGGGUAGUAUCCCCCUACUCUGCUCAAAUUGCAGAAAUUCAACAGAGAUUGGGUCUGAAGUAUGAGAACCUGACUAAUCUUUCAGUAAAGGUCCGCUCAAUUGAUGGGUUUCAAGGUGGGGAAGAAGAUGUUGUAAUACUUUCAACUGUAAGAUCUGCUGGUAGAGGAUCGGUGGGGUUCAUCUCCAGUCCUCAAAGGACUAAUGUUGCUUUGACUAGGGCUAGACAUUGCCUCUGGAUUUUGGGGAAUGAAAGAUCACUGAGUAAGAGUGGAUCAAUGUGGGAAGAACUUAUCCACGAUGCCAAAGUUCGUGGGUGCUUUUUUAAUGCUGAUGAAAACAAGGCUUUGGAGAACGUCAUAUUAGAGGUAAAGAAAGAGCUCAAUGAGCUGGAAGAUUUCCUAAUUGGGGAUAGUAUAUUGUUCAAGAGCAGCAGGUGGAAGGUUCUCUUCAGUGAGUACUUCAGGAAAUCAUUUGUCAAGCUAAAGACAUCCGAGAUGAAGAAUUUAGUUCUUCUUCUACUAUCAAAGCUUUCUACUGGCUGGCGACCAAGAAGGAGAAAUACAGAAGUGGUUUGCAAAAGCUCCUCAAAGAUUUUGAAUAAGUUCAAGGUCAGGGAAUUGUACAUAGUCUGCUCUAUUGACAUAGUUAAAGAAUCAUGGUACACCCAAGUCUUGAAGAUCUGGGAUGUAUUGCCAUUGGAGGAGAUUUCAAUGUUGGUAAGACGUCUGGACGGAAUAUUUGGGAUGUACACAGUUGAUUAUCUCAAUCAUUGUGAGGUGAAAUAUUUGGAGGGGGAUUUGGUAGUUCCAAUGACUUGGCCAUCCUCUUCUACAUUGCUUCAGUAUAAGAAUCUUAGUGAAGUUGAAAAUGAGGAAGAUUUAAAUGCCGUUUCUUCUGAUGGCAAAAGCUACUUGGAGAACACAAAGGUCAGUGAAAGUUUGUUACUGAUGAAAUUCUACUCCUUGUCAUCUGGUGUGGUAAAAAAUCUGCUCUCUUACUGCAAUGGUAAGGAAAUAGUUCUUCCCUUUGAACUAACAAAACAAGAGGAAGAGAUCAUUCAUUUCAACAGAAGCAGUUUUAUACUUGGAAGGUCAGGCACCGGGAAGACUACGGUUUUGACCAUAAAAUUGUUUCAGAAUGAGCAACUGUAUCACUUAGCAUCUGAAGGAUAUCAUGAAGUUCAGAGCAAUCUCUCUACUGUUACUAAGGAUGAUAUGUUGCGCCAGAUUUUUGUUACAGUUAGUCCAAAACUGUGCUAUACAGUUAAACAACAUGUUUCUCAUUUGCAAAGCUUUGCAUGUGGGAGGAAGUCCAAUUCAAAAAGCAGUUUCGUUGGUAUGGAUGAGAUUGAUGACGUAACACUGUUUGAUGAGAUUCCAGAUUCUUUUGUGGAUGUUCCACUCCAUUCAUACCCACUUAUCAUAACAUUUUUCAAGUUCUUGAUGAUGCUUGAUGGAACAGUUGGCAAUUCGUUCUUUGACAGAUUCCCUUAUGUAAGACAACUAGCUCAUGGGAAGUCUAGCAAUACAAGAUCACUUGCCUUUCAAACUUUUAUCAGGACAAAGGAGGUAACCUUUGAGAGGUUUAUCUCAUCUUACUGGCCUCAUUUUAAUACCAUGCUCACUAAAAAAGUGGAUUAUUCUACUGUUUUCACGGAGAUAAUGUCUGCUAUAAAAGGUGGUUUACUAGCUGGGGAGGCAUAUGAUGGGAAACUCAGUAGGCAGGACUAUAUUUCUCUAUCAGAAAGUCGGGGGUCCCUUAUUGUCAGGGAGAAAAGAGAGAUAAUCUUUGACAUUUUCAGAGCAUAUGAGAAGAAAAAGGCAAUUGAUGGUGAAUUCGAUGUGGCUGACAUAGUCAUAGAUCUUCAUCGUCGGCUAAGAAAUGAAAGAUAUGAAGGUGAUCAGAUGCAUUUUGUAUAUAUCGAUGAGGUGCAGGAUCUUUCAAUGAGACAAAUUGCUCUUUUCAAAUAUAUCUGCCAAAAUUUUUCAGAGGGCUUUGUUUUUUCGGGUGAUACCGCUCAAACUAUAGCAAGGGGUAUUGACUUCAGGUUUGAGGAUAUACGAUGUCUAUUUUAUGUGGAGUUUUUGAGACUGCAAAGGGAAGAGAGCGACGGAAGACAAGGGAAAGGUCAAGUCUCAAAAAAGUUUAAUUUGACUCAUAACUUUAGAACCCAUGAUGGAGUUCUUAAGUUAGCGCAGAGUGUGAUUGACCUUCUCUAUCAUUUCUUUCCUCAAUCAAUUGAUAUUUUAAACCCUGAACAUAGUCUUGUAUAUGGUGAAGCCCCCAUAUUGCUUGAGCCCAAUAGUAAUGAUAAUGCAAUUUUCACUUUAUUCCAAAACAGUGUAAAGGAAGGAAGUAAUCCUGUCAGCUUUGGGGCAGAGCAAGUUGUUUUAGUUCGAGAUGAUUCUUCAAGGAGGAAAAUUUUGGAUUACAUUGGGAAGAAAGCUCUUGUUUUGACAAUCAUGGAGUGCAAGGGCCUAGAAUUUGAGGAUGUCCUACUGUACGACUUCUUUCGCUCAUCACCUUUGGAUAAUCAAUGGGGAGUGAUAUAUGAGUUUAUGGAAGGAAGAGAUUUGCUGGAUUCUGCGCAUCCCCAUUCCUUUCAGAGGUUCAAUAUGGAAAAGCACAAUGUCUUGUGCUCUGAACUGAAGCAAUUAUAUGUGGCUGUCACUCGUACCCGGCAGAGGCUUUGGAUUUGUGAGAAUUACGAAGGGCUAUCACAUCCAAUAGUCAACUAUUGGAAGAAAAUGGGCCUUGUUAACGUUGGACGACUUGAUGAAUCAUUUGUGGAGGAAAUGCAAGUUGCUAGCAGCCAAGAGGAGUGGAAGUCCAAGGGCAUCAAGUGUGCCUCUUGCCAUUGUUAUGCUGGUUGGGCUGCAUUAGAACUCCAAAGCAUGAAUUUAUACUUGGCUUCUGUAAGUCAUAUGAUACUGAUACUGAAAUCUGGUGAUGAUGCUUCCAGAAGUACGCCCACAACUCCGAAGAAGUACUUUAAUAUUGGAAACACCACCCACACCUCUUUAUAUGCCUCUCCUUCUUCUGAGACACUCUUUUACGAGCAUAGCUAUGAGGUGGCAACCACGUGCUUCGAAAAAGCAGGAGACACAUAUUGGGAAAGAUGUGCCAAAGCUGCGGGACUUCGUGCUUCUGCUGAUCUUCUCCGUGAUUCAAACUUUAAAGAGUCUCGCACUGCCCUGAGUCAAGCAGCUGAAAUAUUUCAGUCCAUUGACAAGGCCGAAUUGGCUGCCCUAUGUUAUUUCGAGUUAACUGAAUAUGAAAGAGCAGGCAUAAUUUACUUGGAAAAAUUUGGGGAAUCUAAGUUGGAAAAUGCUGGAGAAUGUUUCUUACUGGCCAAACAGUAUGAACGUGCAGCUGAAGUGUAUGCUCGGGCAAAUUUGUAUGCAGAAUGUUUGUAUGCCUGCAGGGCUGGGAUGUUCUUUGACACAGGUUUUCUCUACAUCCAACAGUGGAGACAACACAUGGCCACAGACGUCCUAAAAGAGCUAGAAGAAGUUUGUCAAGAUUUUUUGAAGGGAGCUGCCCUACAUUGCCAUGAACACAAAGAUACAAGAGCAAUGAUGAAAUUUGUUAAAUCUUUUCACUCUGAGGAUUCAAUGCGCAUGUUCUUGAGGAAUUUGAAUUAUCUUGAUGAGCUUCUAUUGCUUGAAAAGGAAUGGGGAAAUUUCCUGGAAGCAGCUAACAUAGCGAAGCUGAAAGGUUAUGUUCUCUUUGAAGCUGAUAUGCUUGACAAGGCUAGGAAAUUCAGGGAAGCAUCUAUGAUCAUGCUUUGGUAUGUGUUCGACAAUUCUGUGGGUUCAGGAAAAAACAAGCAUGGUUCUCUCAAGCAGUUAGGUCCACGGGAAAGCAAGCAUGGUUCUCUCAAGCAGUUGACUCCCGAAGGUCUUUUAGGAAAAGUCAAGUCAAUUUCUCUGAAUCACUCAAAUCUUUUCCAUGAGUUUGUGUGCAGGGAGGCUGAGAUUUUAUCUAGUGGAAAGACCAUCGACGAAGUCCCCAUGAUUGGCUUAAGGUUUAUCCAGUGCUGGAAACGAGAUGCGCCAACAGAUGUGGAUCUUAAAAGUAGGUAUGAAGUCGAGAACAUUGAGCAGCAUAUGUUAGAAAGAUGUGCACAUUACUAUAAUGAGCAUAAAGAUAAAGCAUCCAUGAUGAAUUGUGUUAGGGACUUUCAUUCGGCUGCUUUGAUGCGUGCAUUCUUGGGAAAUUUGAAUUGCCUUGAUGAACUUUUCACGCUUGAAAAGGAAUGGGGAAACUUCCUUGAAGCCGCAGACAUAGCCAAGAUGAAAGGAUGGGUUCUCCUAGAAGCUGAGAUGCUUGAGAAAGCUAGGCGACCCAGAGAAGCAUCUAUGCUCAUGCUUUGGUAUAUUUUUGAGAAUACUGUACUGGGAAGCAAGUGUUGCCCAUUGCAGCUUACACAGAAUGAAAAGCUUUUAGAAGAAGCCACAAAAAUUGCAAUGAAACACUCUGAUCGAUUCUACAAGUUUGUUUCUAGGGAAGCUGAGAUUUUAUCAAAUGGAACAGCUGUCGAUGAAUUUUGUGCAAUUGGUUUGAAGUUCAUCCAGUGCUGGAAACAAGAUGCACCCAGAGACGUACAUAGAGUCACAACACGUUAUGAUAUACGGAAAGUUGAGCAGCAUUUAUUAGAAAGAUGUGCACGUUAUUCCUAUGAGGUUGAAGAUAAGGCAUCCAUGAUGAAAUAUGUGAGAGAAUUUCAUUCGAUUGACUUGAGGCGCAUGUUCUUGAAAGCCUUGAAUUGCAUAGAUGAGCUUCUGGUGUUGGAAGUUGAAGAUGGUAAAGGAGAUCUUAUACAUCAGGCAGAUUUGCUCGAGGAAGCUGGACAUUUCGAAGAAGCAUCUAAGGUCAUUCUUUCAUAUGUUUUGGCCUCCUCUCUUUGGGUAUCAAGAAGCAAAGGUUGGCCCAUGAGGCAGUUUGGGGAAAAGGAAGAACUUCUUGCUAGAGCAAUGUCAUGUGUGCAGAAUCAAUCUGAUUUGCUGCAUGAAUUUGUCCGUGCAGAAGUGAAUAUUUUGUCCAACCAGGAGAGUAGCUUGUCUGAGCUGAGACAGUAUUUGAUUGCUUCCCACAGACAUAAAAGUCUUCGAGGUCAAAUUCUCUGUGUUUGGAAAAUUUUGGAUGCUCAUCUCAAUUCAGAUAUGGCAAGGUAUGAGUGGACUAAUGAAUUAGUUAGCGAUAAGAGGAAGAAUGCAGAAGACUUGAUUUCCGAAGAUGGGAUUUCUGUUGAAACAUUGAUUUACUUUUGGAACUUUUGGAAGAAGAAGAUCUUGAACUUACUUGAGAAUCUUGGGAAAAUUGGACAAGAAGAUAUGAGUAAGAGUUCAAGCUAUUGGGAGUUUUGCUUGAACUAUAUGGGUGUAAGGAAGCUCUGUGGUGAUCAAAGUGAUAUUUACCUAUUGGUGAACGCUGAAGCCAACUGGGUUAAAGAAAUUGACGGUAGAUCUCUUGAGCGGAAAGGUAGUAUGGUUGGUAUUGGCCCUAUGCAGCUUGUCUGUUUCGCUCAGAGUUACUGGGGUUCAGAGUUAUUGCGUGUUGGUGUGCAAGUCUUGGAAACUCUCAGGGCCCUGCAAGAUUACACAGUCAGCAGCAACUUCAACAUUUUUCACCAAACCAUGUUGCUUUCUCAGACCUUUGAAGUUGCAGAUUUUCUGAAAGAGUACAAGACUCACGACAGUAAUGCAUUUGUGGAGGAGUACAUUACACCAACAGUGCAAAACUUCAUUCACCAUUUGUUUCCUCUGGACUGGAGAAAGUCAUCGACAGAGAAUAUGAUCCUUCUGAGGGGAAUCGAACUUUCAAAAAAUGUGAUGACUAAAGCUAUUUUUCAAAACAUCACGAAUACUAAGCUGACAUAUGGGCAAAUGGGUAGGGUUCUGAUGUUGAUACUUGGGUUCGGUAAGCUCUCUAACGAAUCAUAUACGGAGAUUGUGAGAUGUUUUGGCUGGAAUUUUAAGUGGAUGUCAUUGGUCAAGGAACUGAGUGGGGAUCCUGCAUUAGAAAGUGCAGUGGGUUAUGAAAUCAGAAACACUAAUGCAGCUUUAAGUGAUAUAUCUCUGUUUCGCAAGUUCUACGAAGCUCUUCAAGAUACUUAUCAGGCCGACUGGAAAUCAGAACUGGAUUAUAUAUCUCCUACGUGUUUCUUGUAUAUUAUUGAGCGCCUUUUGUUCAUAGUAUCCUACUCCGAAGGAUAUUUCUUCACUACAAAAUCAAUCAUUGUUGAAUGGCUUAUUUCCCAGGAAUGGACAAACAAUCCAACUACGAAUUUAUUUGGCGAGUCAUCUCUGGAUUUGGUAGAUAUCCACGACUUCAUUGUGAACCUUGUUCAUGAUCUACUUCUCAAUAAGACUGAUACACUAGAGUGGAUCAAAUCCACAGAGAACAUUUCAGAGGAUUACUUUCCCCUCCUCGUUGUGCGAUUGGUUAUUCUUUUAUCUGUUCUUUGUGUGAACUCAAGAACGAAUUUUGACAAACUUUUUGGGCUGCUCUAUAGGAGUGACAUUGGUUCUCAACUGCCACGGGCCUUUCGCAAUGCCAUCUGCAGGAGGGAUUGUUGCUUCGUUGAUGCGCUUGCUGAUGCUCUUAAAAUGAUUGAGACCCUCUUGUAGUGGUUAACGGAGACGAGAUUGUGAACUUCUCCUGCUCGGGUGCAAUUUUCUUGAAUCUGAAGGUUGAGAAAAGUAGGGAGGAUUUCCUGAGAGAGUUGUUUCCCAAAGAAGGAAAAACUAAGGAUUCACAUGCUAAUAUCAAAGAGAAGGAUUCGAACUAUCCCCAUUCAAACUGCAGUUAUGGUCCUUUUGGGGAAAUGCUUGAAGUUUUGGAUUUUGAGAAUGGAAAGGAAAUAAGCUUCAUGUUUGAGAACCCAAAAUUAAAGGUCGAAGUGGAGAGAGAUCUUCAACUAUUAUCCUCUGUGAUGGAUUUGUUUCCAGAAAUUACUAGCAAGGAUGACGGAAACCUUUAGUGUGCUGGAUGAUUUGAAGCAGCUUUCUGUGGGGUUGGAUAAGAGGGAGCCACGCAUUGAGGAUAACAUCUCAACAAUCAGUGAAAUCUUGAAGAGAUUGCAUCUGAGUUGGCCAAGGCUAGAGCCUUUGUUUCAUCUCUUGCAAAAAGAUAUUCAUCCAGAUUGUGAGGAUAUCAAGACCAGUUUUUCAUCAGGCAAAGAGUGCAUCCAUAGAGAGGGCGAAAGAAUAAAUGGAAACAUGCAAUGAUGCAACAAUAGGAAUACCAUGGCAGCGCGGUGUAUUUCAUGUUAUAGACUCAGAAUGUUGGAUCAGGCCAAGAGUGCAUCCAUAGAGAGGCGAAGGGACAGAAGGAAACAUACAAUGAUGCAACAAUAGGAAUGCCACGGCAGCACAGCAUUUCACACGUCACAGACUCACAAUGUUGGAUCUGGCCAAGAGUGCGUCCAUAGAGAGGAAGGAACAAAGGAAAACAUGCAAUGAUGCAACAAUGGGAAUACCAUAGCAGCACGGUGUUUUUCACAUGUCACAGACUCAAAAUGUUGGAAACUCAAGAAGGAUGGGAAUAUUCGGCAUGCUGGUUCCUUGGGGUUUUUCCAUCUUAGAACUGUAGAUUUUGUCUCGUGGUAGCGUUUUUAGGUCUAAUGUUUUCACUUUCAUCAACUAUAUGGUGGAACAAGUCGUGUGUUCAUUAUUAUGUUGUCGUGAGGAGUAGAUGUUGGAAAUAUUACAUAGCCUGCAUAUGACUGUUGGGAGUUGAAGCACUCCCAAGCCUAG